AUGGCUCAGCCCGGCUGUGUCGUGACCGGUGAUGGUGCUGUCGGCAAGACAUGUCUCCUCAUCUCGUACACGACCAAUGCCUUCCCCGGCGAAUACAUCCCCACAGUCUUUGACAACUACUCGGCUAGUGUAAUGGUUGAUGGCAAGCCCAUCAGCCUCGGUCUUUGGGACACCGCCGGUCAGGAGGAUUAUGACCGUCUGAGGCCUCUGUCCUACCCCCAGACCGACGUCUUCCUUAUUUGCUUUUCCAUUGUCAGCCCUCCGUCGUUUGACAACGUCAAGGCCAAGUGGUUUCCCGAAAUCGAUCAUCAUGCCCCCAACGUCCCCAUCAUCCUGGUCGGCACUAAGCUCGACCUGCGUGAAGAUAGCGCCACUCUCGACUCCCUCCGUCAGAAGCGCAUGGAGCCCGUCACAUACGAGCAGGCUCUGGCCUGUGCCAAGGAUGUCAGGGCCUACAAGUACCUCGAGUGUUCUGCCCUGACACAGCGCAACCUCAAGAGUGUCUUUGAUGAGGCUAUUCGCGCCGUCUUGAACCCGCGUCCCCAGCAGUCGCAGAAGAAGCGCUCCAAGUGCUCCAUCCUGUAG